UAGAAGAAUCCGGUUGUGCUUAUUCUCCUCGUGUCGUUGGCCAAAAGAGCUAACGAAAAACAACUUCCUUUUAGCUAUUGCUUGAGGUUACUUAUUAAGCGAUAGUGUGUAUUAACAUUUUUGUAUUUAGAAAGGCGAUUUGCUAUAUACGCUUUUGAGUUCACAGGUAUAAAAAAGGUUGCAGACGACUGAGAAGUCCAGGCUCGACGAGAUGUCUUUCCUUGGUUUGGAACCGCCAACAUGGCUGCUUAUACUAUUAGUUAUAAUCCUACUGUAUGUGUACGGAAUGUGGGGUUUCUCGUAUUGGAAAGAUCGAGGUAUUUCUGGACCAAAACCACUUCCAUUUCUCGGCAAUGGACUUGACGUAUUUUUCAAAACAGGGAUGCACCAAAGCCAAAAGAAGUACAUAUUAGAACAUGGUCCUAUUGUUGGCUAUUUUGAGGGACGAAAACCACAGAUCAUAAUAGGAGACUUGGACAAGCUCCGACAGAUUCUCAUCAAGGACUUCAACUAUUUCCCAGAUCAUAGAAAGGUUAGUGACAUUGAUAUGAAGCCAUUCGACAAGGCGCUCACACAAGUAGAAGGUCAUGAGUGGAAGAGGAUUCGAAACACAGUAACGCCAACGUUUAGCUCUGGAAAGCUCAAAAUGAUGGUACCAUUGAUCAAUAAUGCCUGUAAAACACUUCCUGGCAGGAUCAGUGACCUCAUAAAAUCAAAAGAUGACAUUAACGUGAAAGACAUGUAUGGUUGUUUGAUGAUGGAUGUUGUUGCAAGCACGAAUUUUGGUCUUCAAUUAGAUUCUGUAAAAAACCCAGAAAAUCCAUUCAUCAAAAACAUGAAGAGCAUUCUUAGCGGCGGACGGCUUUGGUUGUUCGCGGUUGUUUUAAUGUUACCGUUAGUAGGAAAGCUUUUGAGAUUACUUGGUGUGAGUAUUUUUAAUUCUGAAUCGAUAAACUUCUUCACCGAUGUCACAGAUCAGGUUGUGAAAGAAAGAAAGAGUGAUCCAAAUGAUGAGAGAGUGGAUUUCAUCAGAUUGAUGAUUGAUGCUCAUGAUUUGGAGAUUGCAAAAGAAGAAGAUGGACUCAAAAUCCAUUUCGAUGAUGAUACAGAGAGUCCACCAACGAAAAAACCUCUGUCAACUGAAGAAAUGAUGGCACAGGCUGUGUUUUUCAUAGUAGCCGGUUAUGACACCACCAGUACCCUAUUGAGCUUUAUCUCUUACUUGAUGGCCCUUCAUCCUGACAUUCAAGACAAGCUCGUCCAUCACGUCGAAGAGGUCAUGGAAGGUCAAGAUUCAGUAACAUAUGAAGCUAUCACUAAAAUGUAUUAUCUAGAUCAGAUAAUCCAGGAGACUCUACGGUUGUAUCCACCAGCCCCAUCAACAGACAGGUUGUGUACGUCUACCUGGAGUCACGAUGGUUUGACGAUUGAAAAGGGUGUCGGAGUAAUUGUUCCAAUCUGGGCAAUUCAUCACAACCCUAAAGUCUGGUCUGAUCCAGAAAGGUUUGAUCCAGAUAGGUUCAGCAAAGAGAACAAAGAGAAGCACCAUCCAAUGGCCUGGAUCCCGUUUGGACAUGGACCUCGCAACUGUGUUGGUAUGCGAUUUGCUCUAACAACAGUUAAAAUUGCAAUCGUUCACAUUUUCAGAAAGUAUAGAGCUAUUCCUGUUGAGAAUACUCCAAUACCUAUUGUAGCCAAAGUUUUUGGUCAAGUUAUUCCAAAGACUGGGAUUCCUCUGGGCUUUGAGGAGAGGGAUUAAGUCUCAAAUGAGUUAAAAAGUACCGGUAUGUUGUAACUCUUUCAGGAGAUACAAAUUAAUGUGAUCAACCCGAUUCAUAGUAAAAACUGAUCAAUGUUACUGAUAGCAAAUUUGUUCAAUAAUUCGAUAUGUAUUGCUGUUUCUUUCUCGAUUGAUUUUGCUUAGCAUUUUUCAGGAGAUUUAAACUGCAUUCACUUCGGAUCCGAACCAAAAUCAGAGAAUGUUUUAGAUAUUAUUGCACUUUUGUGUUCUUGUGCUACAUACAGUAUGCUAACGUAAUUAUUCCGUCAUGUUGAUUAAAUUAAAAUAUAUAAAGUUUUGUAUAAUAAAUUUAAACUUAGUCCUUAAACCAUAUACGUACUAAAUUAGCAUUUUCUGAAAUCAAAAUGUGGUUAUUGUAAUGGCAUACAUCUUUGAAAAAGAUAUGGCUGUCACUCACCAUCUUGAAUCUAUGCUAUUGGAUACAUCACAAUGACCCGUGUUUAGAGACCAAUACCAAUACCAUAUAUGAUUUUAAGAUUUUUUGUGGUUACAUUGCCACAAUCAGCUGUAUAUAAACAUAUUUCUUUAAAUUCAGUACCAUAACCGUCAGUAGCCUAUAUUUAGACAAAAUUUAUUCUUUUUCAUUGAGUACAAGUAAAGUUAUUAGCCAAUAUCUGAAUUUUAA